AUGGGGCUGAGCAUCCUCCUCCUGCUGCCACUCUGCUUCCCAGGUCUGAUAUUUCCAGGACUGCAAGGCCAAGCUCCUGCUGCUGAGGAGAGCCGGAGGGAGGGAAGCACUUUGCUCCUCAGGUGUCCCUACACAGUGCAGCAGAGGCAGCAGCUGAAGGGCUGGGGACACCUCAGGGAGGGGCAAUGGAAAAUCCUGGUGGAGAUCAACUCUUCUCAGAGCUCAACCACGAACCAGAUCACAAAGGGGAGAGUUUCUGUAAGGGACAACAGCACCUCCAGGCUGCUGACCAUCGUCAUGACCAACCUCCAGGGAGAGGACUCAGGCAUCUACUGCUGCAGCCUCCGCUCCCCCCAGCAUGGCAGCAGACCCCUGCCACUGAAGAUAAUCUCCCUCAAUGUGUUCAAGGAGCUGCACAGGUGGGAGCUGGACACCAUCUCUGUGCAGUGCAAAUACAGAGCCUUGGAGCAUAGAACCACUCCCAAAGUCUGGUGUCAAAGAGAUUCAAGUGGGUGCCACAUCUGGCUGAGGACAAACUCCACUUGGGAAGACAGCAGAGCCUUGAUUCAAGAUGACACUGAGGGAGGGAUUCUCACUGUCACCAUGAGGAAGCUGCAGGCCCAGGAUGCUGGCACCUACUGGUGUGCACUCCACAGAGACUGGCAGCCUGCCAGGAUCAUGGAGCUCAGGCUCUUUGUGUCCAAGAGUAAGUACCCUGCAGCCAGCUGUGUAACCCCUGCAGCCAGCUGUGUACCCCCCGCAGCCAGCUGUGGUACCUCCUGCAGCCAGCUGUGUACCCCCUGCAGCCAGCUGUGUACCCCCCGCAGCCAGCUGUGGUACCUCCUGCAGCCAGCUGUGUACCCCCUGCAGCCAGCUGUGUACCCCCCGCAGCCAGCUGUGUGUCUGUACAAACCCUCCGACUACAGACCCGUGAGCAAAGCCUGGUGCAGAGAGGCCGCUGGGGAGCCUUGCACCCUGCUGCUCAGCACGGAGGUGGCGCCCCCAGGCUUCCUCAGGACGUCUCAGCGCGGUAGAGUGGCGAUCCAGGACGACAGCCUGCAGGGCGUUGUCACUGUCACCAUGAGCAGCCUGCAGGCACAGGACGCUGGGGUGUACUGGUGUGCCCUCCAGGAACGGGAUCGGCUCCUGCGGAUGGCAGAGGUGGUGCUGAGCGUGGCUGGGGCAUGGAAUGGAACCACUUUGUCACCUGCAGACUCCAGCCAGGCAGCUCCUGCUGCCACCCCCCCAGCACCGAGCUCGAGUGUGAACAUCUUCCUGCGGCUCUCUGUGGUCCUGAGCAUCCUGCUCACACUGGCACUCAUCUGCUCAGCGGUGCUGUGUGUCUGGUGGUGCAAGCAGCUGAGGAGGAGAGGUAACAGACAAGGGGAGAGCAGCUGUGGCAAACCAGAGGACGUGGCACAGGUUGGCAGCAGUGAAAGAAUGAAAAGUCUCAAGGAGGACAGCAAAGACCUAAAAUAUGCUACCCUGAAAUUUGAAGCCCAGCCCAGCCCUGAGGAUGCUCUCUACUGCAACCUGGAACCAAGGCAGGCUCACAGGAGGCCCAAGGAUGCAGAUGUGCAAUAUGCCAUCAUUGGACUCCAGCAACUGCCAGCCAGUGACAAAGGAUGA